AAGGUUAUUGCACCAAAAGCAAACUAAUGCACCAUUUUAAAUUAUAGACCCUUUCUUACAUUUUUUUUAUGAAUAAUGUUAAUAACAGCUUUAUGUAAGAAACUGGAUGAAAACUCAAAGCUAGAAUGCAUCGAAAGAAUGCCUGGAAGAAAAGACUGAAAUAAAAAUUACGGAUUUUUAUGUUCAACUUUGCGAAGCCCUUCAAAAUUUACAAAAAUGGACCGGAAAAUGUUGUAUGCCUUCAGAGGGUGGAUUGCGUUCGUGGCUUUUAUGGAUCUCGGCACCGCUGUUAGAAGUUAUAUCGAAAAACGAUCAUUUCUUAGUAAAACUAUAUCAGAUUUAGAAGACUUUGUAGAUGGAGAGUACACGGCAACCAGAAUCUUAGGAGUUUUUUCGAUUUUAAAAGCUUUAGUUUUAAUCCAUUGCACCUUAUAUAUACAUUAUAAACCGGUGGUUAGCCUGGGAAUAUGCUCACUAAUUUCGAAUGUAGUUCUGUAUCUAACAGAAACAGUUUACUUUAGGGCUGCUACCUUCAAUUUCUAUGUAGUUUUUCCAUGCAUUUUAAAUGCUGUGACACUUGGAGGUUUAAUAUACCUGCCUUACCACUUAAACAUUUGGGAACAUCAAUUAGAUGGAGAUGAAGACAUGUUGAGGGCAGGAAUGCUCAAAAGAAAAAGAUUUUUCAGGAAAAAUAAAGAGAAUUGAUUGCGUUUGUUCCAGACAUAUCGCAACACUAAAUAGUUUCUUUCAUACUAAUUCCAAUGCUUAUUAUAAUGCGGAGUUUGAAUUUGGGAUUGAAGAUUGAUCACUAUAUAAAAGAGUAGUUUGCAUUUAUGGAUUUUUAUACAGUAAAAUCAAGUUGUUAACCUGUUGAAAACUAAUAAACAAGUAGAAGUU